ACCUUUUGUUUCUGCCAUAUUCCCAGCAUCCGGAUUUCAAUCAGUGUCUGAGCUUCUUAUAAGAAAACUCUGUAUAGUUGCAUUUGCAUUAACUUUAUUUGGAGCAGAGAUUAAGGUAAGGUGGUGUUUCACUUGUGCACUGAUGUCCUUGAGCGCAGGCUGUUGCGCUCUGUUUCGUUGGAGAUAUUCUGUGCUAAUAGAGAAAUUUGCUCUCUUUUUUUUGGUAACGAUCAUCUGAAAUUCAGCUUGUUUUCGAACAAUUUCUGUUUAAGUAGAUCAGCCCGGGUGCAGGCACCAUGGAGAGCAGUGUGGUGCACAUCUUCAAAGAGGACAGGUGUCCCUCCGAGGACUGUUUUCCAAACUUCACCGAUCAACCCGGCUCCUCAGACGUCUUCAACUACACCCCCAACGGCACCUGGGACGCUGAACCCGAGCCAAUGUCGCCAAUCAUCCCCAUCAUAGUCGCGGUGUACUCCGUGGUGUUUGUGGUGGGCUUGGCGGGCAAUUGUUUGGUGAUGUAUGUCAUAAUUAGAUACACCAAAAUGAAAACAGCCACCAACAUCUACAUCUUCAACCUGGCUGUGGCCGACGCUCUGGUCACCACCACCAUGCCUUUCCAGAGCACCGACUACCUGCUCAGCUCAUGGCCGUUUGGCGAAGUGGCGUGCAAAGUCUUCAUCUCCAUCGAUUAUUACAACAUGUUCACCAGCAUCUUCACCCUGACCAUGAUGAGCGUGGACCGCUACGUGGCAGUGUGCCACCCCGUCAAGGCCCUGGACUUCCGCACGCCCGUAAAGGCCAAGAUCAUCAACGUGAUCAUCUGGCUGCUGUCGUCCGCUGCCGGGAUCCCCGCCAUGAUACUGGGCAGCACGAAGACCAAUAACGGGACUACAGAGUGUGCCCUGCAGUUCCCUGAACCCUAUAGCUACUGGGACACCCUGAUGAAGAUCUGCGUCUUCAUCUUUGCCUUUGUGGCACCCGUCAUCAUCAUCACCGUCUGUUACACGCUGAUGGUAUUGCGUCUGAAGAGCGUGCGCCUGCUGUCGGGCUCACGAGAGAAGGACCGUAACCUCCGCCGAAUCACCCGCCUGGUUCUGGUGGUGGUCGCCGUCUUCGUGGUGUGCUGGACGCCCAUCCACAUUUUCAUUUUGGUCAAAGCGCUGUCUGGCAACGUUCCCGAGACCACCGCCGUCAUGGCCGCGUACUUCUUCUGCGUGGCGCUGGGCUACACCAACAGCAGCCUCAACCCCAUCCUCUACGCCUUCCUGGAUGAGAACUUCAAGAGGUGCUUCAGGGACUUUUGCUGCCCCGGAGCCAAAGGACACAGAGACCCUUAUGGGGUGAGCCGGGUGAGGAGCACCCUGCGUGACCACUCAUGUCCCACAGAAGCCCGGGGAGACGGGAGGCAGGCCAGGCCCGUAUGACUAGCCAUGGACAAGUCCUCCAUGCCCUGUCAGGGCUGGGAGGACUCCAACGACCUGCUGACUCAAGUCACCACUGCCAUCUGACGGAGGGGCUCAAGCGAGGGCUAGCUUUUAUUUAUUUAUCCAGGAUGCUUAGAGAAUCCACAGCCAGGUUAACGUAAAGGUCCAGUGUGUAUGUUUUAGUGUCAUCUAGUGGGGGGGUUAAAACCAUCUGAAUAGAUAAGUGCAUGAAUGAGUCCUUAAACCCAAAAAUGGGUUAGUAUUUUGGCACUUCUGGUUCCAUCAUCUUGUGGCUUCUUGCAAUUGCAUUUACGCUUCAACAAAUGUGGCGUUACCGCAGGUCCACUGCUGAUAGUUUAUUACAUUUACUGUUUACUACAUGAUAGCAAUUCUUAUUACUGUAUAUGUUACCUGUUUUUACAGGUCUGUGUAUCUGAUGUGCUUGGGGCUAAGGGCUACACACAGGGUGGAGGAGUGAGAACAUAUUGAGAAAUUGUAGUUUGUAGAAGUUUGUUUUUCCAUGGGAUUUGUUGACAUUUAUAAAAACAGAAAUUGUUGGAAUAAUCAUUUAGAAUGAACGUUAGGUUUAAGCCUAUGAGACCAUGAUUGUGAAGUGUAAAUAUGCCUCUGGAGUCACAACCCAGCUACAUAAUAAAUCAAAUAUUUUGAAAUGUACAAAGCUGAAAUCCUUCACAAAAAAAAAAGUGUUAUUAUUGUUCACAUUGUUAGUAUGAACAAUGACAAUAUGAUUAAGAUGUCAAGAAGAGACAAACCAAAAAUGAAUUAUUACCAUGUAGCUUGACCAGAUUUAGUCAACUCGUAUUUUGUGAACAAAAUGACAAGAAGAAAUCAGCCCUAAUUAUUUCGGGAACAAACUGCAUUAUGAGCAUUGUUUUUAACUGAUUGUGUAUUUUUGUGAAUUGUAUUUUUGAUGCUGUAAAAAACGUGUGAAUAGUCUAUAUCAUUGGCAUUAAACCUAUGUAAAAUAUGUAGUAAUCUCUCAGGGAUCAUCCUGUGUAAUUCACCGCAAGAACGUACUACGUUUAGUAUUUUUUUCUUAACCAGAUGGCUGACUUUAAUGAGGUUUUGUUGUCAAGACCGCGUGUGCAGUUUGUUCUUUGAAGCUGUUUUAAGAAACUAUAAAUACAUCUGACAUGGCUCCACACCUUUUAUUUCAGGACGUAGGUGUUGGAUUCUACACAUUGUUUUGGCAACCUGCCAUUUUUGCACCUUGUCUGAAAUACUAGUUAAUGUAAAGACUGGGUUACAGCGCUCACAUGACAACAUACAGUAUCUAUACAACAUGCCUUUUUGGUGUUUAGUGCAAUUCAAUGUUAAUACUGUAAAUAACAAUGAACUCAUUUGUUUAUUGUCUUGGAAAUUGGGGUUUCCCAUGUAACUGAUUACUGUCUUUGUUUCCUGAAUUAUUUUAGCUUUCACAGGAGUCACCAGAUCAAAUCAAAUCAUGCUUGUGAUGGUUCUUAAUGUAGAGCAACCAGUUAAUGUAUUUAUCCGUCUAAAUCUGAUACAGUAGUUAUAGCAGAACAUUUUUUGUUGUGCCUUCUUAUGUGUGCCUUAUCUUAAUGGCCUAUGAACUCAGCUAUUUUGCUUAUUUUAAAAGAUCAGCAAAUAGCCAUAUCCAUUUUUGUGAUGCCUUUCUUUCCCUUUAAUGAUAUGAAAAUAUAUGUGUGGUAUAAACGUACUGCUUUUAAUUAUUGUAGAUUUAUCUUUAAGAAACUAGAAGUCCUACUGAGGACCCCUGUUGGUUACAGUAUGUGUUUCUUGUGUAUUCCUCAAAUACUGUAUUUUAAACAAUGGAAAAGAUUGUUCUCGUAAUCAAAUGAUCAGCCCAGGUCUGAGCACCACAUACUCGAUGUAUAAUGUGCUGCUGCAUUAUAAAUGUACUGUAUCUGUUCGAUAUGUUGCUGUAUCUUUUAGCUUUGAAUAUCAAAACAUGCUUCAUGUGUCACAUUAAAGCGGUGAAAAGCGACUUUGCUUCAUUUAAAUAUCAAUAUCAAAGUGGAUGCUCUGUGUCCACUUCAAUUCAAGUAAGUGUUUUCUUUUUUUUCAUUGGUGGCCUUGUGUUAAAUUGUGUUGUGACCAAGCAAUGUGUAUGACCUUAUAGAUGUGUUGCUUCCCAUUUGGAUUAAUAAUUGUUAUUGCUGUGAUUCAAGAAUAUUUUAAUGAUCCAGGCACAGGUUGCAAUUAAGUCUAUUCUGGUAUAAAAUGGGAUAUAAUUACAACCAUUGUCUCCUAAUUAGGCUUUUAUUGGUCCAUGUUGAUAGCAUUAAAUCUCCGGUUACAGAAUAAUUUGGUAGUAACGGAAUCAUAGCGUAUAAUUAAAGAAUAUUUUCAAUCUAAUACAGACAUCGUGUUUGAUUUCUAAUUAUUUUGUAACAGUUUCUAAAGUUUAUUCUCCAGCUGAAAUACUAAUCAUGCAUUAUAUUUGACUCAUACUGUAUUUACAACACUUGUGCUAACCAGUAAUGCUAUCUUGCUUC